AAACUGUUAUAGAGGUCAGGGGAGGAUUCACACACAACCAGAUAAAUAUCACAGUCCAGUCGCGUUUCAGACAUUUUAAGUGUUGCUACUGAACCGACGAGGAAAAUGUUUCUGAAAUUAGUUUUGCUCUGUUUGUGUUUGUGGCGUCUGGAUGGUGGGUUUGGUAUUCGAGGUGAAGUGAAGUAUGUGAAUGUGAAGGAGGGAGAUUCAGUCACUCUAGACUCUGAUCUUACUGAAAUGAAGGAUGAUGAUGUGAUUCUGUGGAGGUUUGAAAACACUUUAAUAGCUGAAAUCAGUAAACAGGCCGACAGAUUCACUGUAUAUAAUGAUGUUCUUGAUGGGAGAUUCAGAGACAGACUGAAACUGGACAAUCAAACUGGAUCUCUGACCAUCACAAACAUCACAAUGAAACAUGCUGGACGUUAUAGACUAUACACUCAUGCUAUGAGUGUUGAUUUCCUUCUCGCUGUUAAAAUAUCAGUGACAGAGGGAGAUUCAAUCACUCUAAACACUGAUCUUACUGAAAUGAAGGAUGAUGGUGUGAUUCUGUGGAGGUUUGAAAACACUUUAAUAGCUGAAAUCAGUAAACGGGCCGACAGAUUCACUGUAUAUGAUGAUGUUCUUGAUGGGAGAUUCAGAGACAGACUGAAGCUGGACAAACAAACUGGAUCUCUGACCAUCACAGACAUCACAAUGAAACAUGCUGGAGAUUAUAAAUUACAGAUCAACUAUAUGAGGGUUGAAUCAUUCUUUCUCACUGUUAUUGAUAAAGUGGAGUCAGUGUCAGUGACGGACGGAGAUUCAGUCACUCUAAACAUUGAUCCUACUGAAAUGAAGGAUGGUGAUGAGAUUCAGUGGAGGUUUGGAAACACUUUAAUAGCUGAAAUCAGUAAACGGGACGACAGCAUCACUGUAUAUGAUGAUGUUCUUGAUGGGAGAUUCAGAGACAGACUGAAGAUGCACAAAAAAACUGGAUCUCUGACCAUCACAGACGUCACAACUGAACAUGCUGGAGUUUAUAAACUACAGAUAAUUGGAAGAAACUAUCCGAAGACAUUCAGAGUUUCUGUCAGUGAUGAAGUGAAAGUGUCAGUAAAGGAGGGAGAUUCAGUCGCUCUAAAAACUGAUCUUACUGAAAUACAGACAGAUGAUCUGAUCCUGUGGACGUUUGGACCGAACAAAUCACUCAUAGCUAAACUCAAUAGAAAGUCCAGUAAGAUCUCUAUAUAUGAUGAUGUUCUUGAUGGGAGAUUCAGAGACAGACUGAAACUGGAUCAUCAGACUGGAUCUCUGACCAUCACAAACACCAGAACUACAGACUCUGGACUGUAUGAAGGGACCAUCGAAGGAAAGAAAGAGAUCAGAUACAGAUUCAGUGUUUCUGUCUCUGGAAUCUGAGGAGACGGAGGAGACGUACACGUGUUUCAGAUCAGAUCAAUGAUCAAACUCUGUGAUUCUGUUUCUCACUAAUGAACAACUGCAUCUGUCUUUACAAUCUAUUACUGUUUCAAAUACAAUCUUAUUUGUUUUCUCAUUUAUAUUUCCACAAAGUGAUCUUUAGUGAGUUUAUUGUGAUCCUGUAUGAUAAAUACUGUAGAUUAUCAAAGAAUGCUUCAAUUAGGCCUAUUUAGUAUAACAUGAUUUUUUUUUCCUCUCUAUAUGUAGCUGUCUGCACGCAUGAAUAAAGUUUUCUCCAUCUUGGAAACAUUUAGGAUAAUGUAAAUCAACAAAAUAUAUCACACUGUUCUAGUGGAUUUUGGAUAUUUUAACCCAAAAUCCUGCAUAUCAUGCCUUUAAAUAAUAUAAUUACAACUUUUGAUUUUAAUAAUGUAUUAUUACAUGUUGAAAUUAACUAAGAUUAUUAAAUGCUUUAGAAGUAA